AUGAAAGCCAACAAGUCAACCGCUCCUAAAGAUAUUGCUGAUACACCUCGCCUAAAAAGGAGAACCUUACCACUACUUGAGAACAAUAGAAGUAAAGAAAAUAUUCUUUGUGAUACCAAGAAAUCUUCAGGUCAUGGUGAGGUGAAGUCCACAACAAGAAAAGUAGUGACUACAGAAAUGCAAAUAGAGACAGGAGUUCACAAUACAGAACAGAAAGAAAAUAUCCAAAACACGAUCCUUGAGCAAAUUCUUCAAAGACUCAAUGUGAUAGAGCUAAGGCAGAGCGUUUUUAUGGAAAAAAGGGUCCAGGAAAUGUGCGAGAAGGAUGCCUGGACCCUUCCAACGCAGAGAAGGAGUAUAAUAGAAGAAAAUGAUAGG